UGCUGCUGUCAAAUUUGAAUUUAAUCCGUUAAUUUCAAAGUUGUUUUUUAUAUUUUUAUUAUAAUAAAUUGAGAAAAUAACAAUGGAAAACAACUUUAAGACACCUUCUAAAAAGAAAACGUUACAUAAGGAUAGUGUUAAAAUACCUGCUUCGCCGUUUUUAAAGAAAAUAGGGUUUGGAACUGGUGUUGCUGUCUAUGAAUUACAACGUUCUCCAAUAUCUAAUAUAGUGCAAUCUCCAUGGGCCAUUAAAAAGUUAAUUAGACGAAACAUCAGGAAUCCUGAAUUAAACGCCAGAUUGUUGGACGAAGCUGAAAUUUUAAAAAAGUUGUCCCAUCCAAAUGUUGUUGGAUUUCGGGCUUUUGUCAAAGAUUCCAAUGGUGGAAAUAUCUUAGCAAUGGAAGAGUGCCAAUCAUGUUUGGGAGAUAUGAUUGAAAACCGAAGAGACAAUGAGUUACCACCAUACAGUGCUAAAUUGAUUAAACAAGUUGCAAAGGAUACUUCAAAUGCAUUAAAUUACUUACACGACACAGCUCUUUUGUUACACUGUGACAUAAAAUCGUACAACAUCCUUAUAAAGGGAGAUUUUGCUGUAUGUAAACUAUGUGACUUUGGUGUAUGUUUACCAUUGACAAAAAAUGGGGAGUUGGAUGAAUCCAAAGCAGGGAAAGAUAUUGAAUACACAGGCACACCUGCAUGGUUCUCUCCAGAAGUGUUAGAUUACCCUCCAAAUAUUACAAUUAAAGCGGAUAUUUUUGCUUAUGGUUUAGUUAUUUGGGAAAUGAUAGCCCUUAUGCCACCUGUUGAUAAUGAUUUUGGGGACAGCAUAGAUGAAUCUACAGACAGUGUUGAAGUAAGUUGUAGUCGUAAAAGACCACCCUUGCCCGAUAAUGUUGAGUUAGGCAAGGAGUAUGACUUUAUUUUGCAAACUUAUUUUUGCUGCACUGAAGAUGAUCCUAAAUUUAGACCUAAGGCUGCAACUUUGCUCCAAAUGUUUGAGCAAGUAGACAGAGAAUAAGUUUUAAAUUUAGUUUUUAUUUGGGUACUUUUUAAGUUUUGUUAAUAUGACUUCUUCUGUAAUCUUGGCCUUUAGUCUGUGCACCCAAUCUUACGAUUUUUGUUUCCUUGUCUCAUUAAAUCAAAAACAAUAGGGCAUAUAACAAAACUUUCUUUGACAGUAACAAAAUGGUUCCCAUGUAUCCUCAUCCUUAAGUCUUUUGCUGCAGCAUGAGAAACCCAACUAAAAAUAAAUAAUUUUUUUGGGUAAAAAGUGAUCACAUAUUUUGCUUUUUCACAUUGAAUCCUGUAAAAUAAAAAAAUGCAAUGUAUUGUUCUUCCCUUUAAAGUGAUUUAAGCAUGCAGAGUUUAGUAUUUAUGUGGUCAUUAAAACUAAAGCUAUAAUAU